AUGCAGAAACCCAUUGUUCCUGUUGACCUGUACAGAGCAAUCAGAGACUCUCAGCUUGUCGGUCUCUCUGGUUAUUCAAAAGAGGGUCUCCCUGUCAUUGCAAUUGGUGUGGGGCUUAGCACAUAUGACAAAGCCUCCGUUCAUUACUAUGUACAGUCUCACAUUCAAAUGAAUGAGUACCGGGAUCGUGUUGUAUUGCCAUCUGCUACAAAGAAACAGGGACGACCAAUCUCCACUUGUUUGAAAAUUUUGGAUAUGUCUGGUUUGAAGCUUUCAGCUUUAAGUCAAAUUAAGUUAAUGACUACUAUAACCACAAUUGACGAUUUAAACUAUCCAGAGAAGACGGAGACAUAUUAUAUAGUCAAUGUCCCCUACAUAUUUUCUGCAUGUUGGAAAACCAUAAAGCCUCUGUUGCAAGAGAGGACAAAGAAGAAGAUUCAAGUUCUCAAAGGCUGCGGUAAAGAUGAGUUGCUUAAGGUAAUGGACUAUGAGUCACUGCCACAUUUCUGUAGAAGAGAAGGGUCUGGAUCUGGUAGGCAUAUCUCAAGUGGAACAGAAGACAAUUGUUUCUCUUUGGAUCACUCUUUCCACCAACAGCUUUACAGUUAUGUGAAGCAACAGGCUCUAGUGAAAGGGCCUUCGAGUGCACCGAUCAGACAUGGUUCGGUCCACGUUAGGUUCCCUGAGCCAGCCACGGAAGGCACCAAGAUAUUCGAUACCUUAGAAUCUGAGUUCCAGAAGCUUGGAUGUGACCAGAAGGUCUGA